GUUACCAGCAGUCUACUAUCACUACAAUUUUACCCACUAAAUUUUAAAAUGGAUACAUCAGAAGUGGAGUUUCUUGCUGAAAGGGAACAUGUUAAAAUUAUUCCAAAUUUUACUCAAGAUAAAAUAUUUUUAAUUAGUGUAAGUGUCUACCACUUCAGUGCUGGCUAUUCAAAAAAAUAUUGGUGAAUUUUAAUGACGUAUGCCACUAUUUUAUGGAAUUUCACGAAUGACGAAUGAUCGAAUGUAUCCCUAAAUCGGAAAUCGAUCCCAAUGCCCGUAUGCCUAACCUGAACCCUUAAUCGAUACCUAUGCUUAACCUGAAACCUAAAUCGAUCCCUAUGCCUAACAUGAACCCUAAAUCGAUCCCUCAAACUGACCUAAACCCUAAUUUACUGCAACUAUAAUAAACACACAAAAGACGCUGUGGCAGCCUUCCUUAAUAUUAGCCAAAAUGUUUUUCGGGUUUGAAGUUCCAUCUUAAAAACUUAAUCCUACCGGUUAUUGAUUAUUGCUUGAACCUGAAGAAUUAUCAUGUCAUGGAGGGGGGGGGGGAAUAUAGCGCCCCCCCCCCCCCCGCGUGUGAAAGAAUUAUAUAAUAAUAAGUAGUGAUAAUUAUUUAAUAGUGCAGGGGGUGACUACGGUCUCUUCCAUUUGCGAACAUCCCCAUAUGUUCUACAUUCUGUGUCUGAACACCAGUGUAGGGUCAUUUGGAUCAAAAAAGUUUUUUUGAUGGACCACAGCAAUAGUCAACAGAGUGUUCCUAGUUUAAUCCUAGAUUCCUUGUCUGAUCUGAUAUUGAUAUAUGUUUGCAUAUGCCUCUCCUCCAUCAGUGACAAUAUGUACACCUGGUAGAAUGCACUCUUGUAAAGUCAUGGCACGUUGAUCUGGUACUUCAUCAAGAAAACUGCGACUACCAUCUCUUUCAAUGCCAGCAAAAGACAGGUGGCCCUCUCUCCACUUUUCGAUAAAGUAGCACUUCAGACCCCAAAAACAUGAUUUUGAAUAUAGCCAACGCUUAAGUGGUAGAUGUUCUGAAUGUUUUUAAAAAAAAAAUUCUUUUGACCUGGCCUGCACAACAUAGGACCCGUGGGCCACAUGCAGCCCACCAGCACCCAAUUCGCGGCCUGCAAAGUAACAAAAUACUCAGUAUUAUUAUUAUUUUCUUACUUAAUAGCUUCCCACCGCCCCUCUCCUAUUAUGUUUUGGCCCACACACCUUUUUCACAACACAAAGUAAUACAUUUUGAGUUGUGCAGGCCUGCUUGUAACCUACUUAAACUUCUUUACUACUACACUCACAGUAAGUCUGUAAUUGUAAACUGCCCUAUGCUUUUAUAUUACUGGUUUUAAUAAUAUGAGCAUGCAGCAUGAGUCAAAUGGCCCUUACCUCUAUAUUAUUUAUUAGCUAUAUUCUAUAGCAGUGAUCAGAGUUUCUUUACAUUAUAACGAAAACCGGUUUUCAGUUUUGAAAUAAAAAAACUGGCUGUUAAUUUUAAAAAAUUGGUUAACCGAAUUUUUUUUUUGAUGUCAUGAUUAAAAAAAUUUUUUAAAAAUCCUGAACUGUUAUUUUUUUAUGAAAACAAUAAUAAACUAACAAUUAAUGUAUAAAGUAGCUGCGGGCAUCGAAUGUCAAACCAUACCGCACGCUUUAACAGGGUUAGCUGAACACAUGUAAGGUCAUUCUAACAAUAGAUGACCGCCUUUUGUAUGAAAUCCGAGAUCACUUUAUUUUUGCACGUGUGUAGUUGGCUGUCAGUUAAAAAGUUGAAGUUAAGCAUUCAAUAUUUUAAUUAUAACUAUUUUUAAUGUAAAUACAAUUAUAUACAAUUCAUGCAGUUAAGUUCAAACUGAAAGCCAGUUAAUCAUAUCAAAUAAUAUUUUAUUGAAAUCAGAUACAAAUUUGGCUGGUAGUAUUAACAAAUUCAGAACUGCCAUAUGCUGCCCUGGGAUAAAGUUCUGGAAUCAAACUAAUCUUAAUAUCAAAAUCGUACUCUGAUCUCUAAAAAUAGAUUUCUACUUCCACCUAAGACUAAGAGCUUAUAAAAGCAUGUCAAAAUAUUACCUCGUUGUGCAGACAGUUAAAUGAUAUAUAAAAUUUAACUGUCUUUAUAAAACCAAAAACAGUUUGUUUUUUUAAAUCUGAUUUUAACAUUCCUAAUUAUACCAUAUGUUUAAAAUCUCUUUCUUAAAACUCCAUCUUAUUUAUAAAACCAAUUUCAAAUCAGUCAAAUUAAUGCAACCGGUCUAAAUUUAUCUCUGCCAAAACUAUUCAAAUCCAAAGGCUAUCUCAUUCAGCAGUUAAACUUAGGAAUAGACUACCAAUUCCUAUAAAAUCCAUCAAAUCAAUAUCUAUUUUCAAGAAAGAAUUGACUUUUUAUCGUUACCAUUUCAUCAUUUUUUAUUGAACUGAAAAUAUGUGUAUGUGUUCAUUUAUUUUGUCCUUUGAAUGAUUGUAUCGUCAUAUGUAUGUCUCUGUUGCUUUUAUUAGUUUCAUUUAAUUAUUAUUUUAGGUAUAAGUAUUUACUAUUAAAAUAUUUAUUAUUGAGUACAUUAACUGCCAAUUUGACAAGAGGUGUAUAGUCUAAAUUGUUUCUGUAUGAAUAAAUAAAUAAUAAUAGAAUGUAAUGGAUCCAUCAAAAUAAGGCCUUUUCUGCGAAGCACUGGUAGAUUUGGUGAUUUUAUUUAGAGGGGGGAGGGGGGAAUUGUCUCCUUUUGUUGACUUGGAGGGUUUCUUAUUCAUAUUUCUGAUUUAAAAUGUUAUAACAAGUAUGUAUAUUUUACCAUAACAAAAAUAAAUUUCAAGAGAGAUCUUAGUGAAAUAACUCAAUCCCCACUAUUACAUUUUUGUUGUUGUUUACAUGUGAUUUCUUAUGCUAUCUUGAGUCUGCCAUUUAUUUAAUAAAUGUCUUAUUUUUUAGGGGGAUAUUGGCCCAUUUAGUGCUGGUCUUCCUGUGUCUAUUCCAUUGUGGUUGGCAGUUAAUCUUAAACAAAGACAGAAAUGCAGAUUUCUUCCCCCAGAUUGGAUGGACAUAGGUACAUUCCAAUCUAUUCCUCAUGUUUGGUUCAUAUUUUUCAUGUACCGGUACAUACAAUUUUCAUUAAUCAAAAUUUUCUCUAUGCCAGCAAACAGUUAUUUGCUAUUUUCUGUUGAAAUUAGGAGACUUAACAUUAAAGCAAAAAUAUUUAAAUUUAAAAAAUGAAUUAAAUCUGAGAAAUUAUUAUUCAUCCACUUUCUUACCAUCUCUUUUUUGGGUAUAUUAAUAACCUUUUUAGUUGUAUUAAUUAUUGGAUAGAUUAGAGUUCUAAUUCAGCUCCAGUGUACAUUUAUUACAUUGAAAACAUUAUUUAUCUAGCAUCGAUUCCAGUCUUGUUUUUUAAACUUGGGAAAAAAUAAGUUUUCAGUUACGGUUUUCUAAAUAUAGAAGAACUGGUGCACACUUGGUGCCAUUGACAUUGUAUCAAUACAAAAAAAUUACAGGAUAACCACUAGAUUUAGAGGGGGGGGGGGGAUUAGCCUGUAGGCAAAUUCUGUUUUAAAGAAACUUAUUCAGAUCAUGGGCGCCCGCAGGUAGGGGCAAGGGGGGGCACUUGCCCCCCCCCCCUGGAUUGAUUGGAUACAAAAUUUUUAGACAAAAAAUGUAUUAAAGUAAAGAGAAAAUAAAAAGAAAGUAACUAAGCUGAUGUCCUGUCCGUUCGUUCACCAUACAAAUACGCUACAGUAAAUUAAAAAUAUAUUAAAAAAUUACUAAAAAUUUUUUGACCCCCCCCCCCCCGGAAAGUUAAUCAACUUUUUUUGCCCCCCUAGAAAGUUUUCUGCGGGCGCCCAUGAUUUAGAUCAACAUGGUGCAAAGCGGUUGAACUCACAAAAUUGUUUGUUAAGUUUAAAAAAAUUUAAUUAAUGGAAAUAUUUCAAUGGAAUAUUUGAUUAUUUUUGUUUAAAAUGUGGCAUAGUUAUCAUAUAAAAAUUAUCUUAAGAGAAAAAAAAUGAUUUGAAAAUAAUUUUUGAUGGAAAUUCUUAAUUUUUAAUAUUAUUAAGUAGAAUAAUAAUUGAUGAAAUCUGAUAAUUAUUUGUUUAAAUAUCUAAAAUUGCAUUCAAAUGGGGAGCUGAAAAGGAUACAAUUUUUUCUUUCUUUUUGAAUGAAUUUAAUUAACAGUUAUUUUAUAUUGUGAGUGUAUUUCAUUAAAAUAACAGAAAUAUUGAAAGCUAAAAAGCAGGAGGAAGCUGACAGCAGAUUUUUCACAGAGAUGUCCAGCCCCUUUUACAUGGAGAUAACUCAACUUUUACUACAGUGGUAAUUAGGUGUUGAUUAGCUAAAUAAAAAUUAUAUUAUUAACCAACUGAUUUUAAAUUUAAAUGAUUUGAAAACAAUUUAAGCCCUUGAACUAAUCAAGCUUUUAAAGCACUCUGAAAAUCUUCAUUAUUUGUCACCCUUUUUUUUUUGUGGAGAGUUAUUUCUCUGGUAAAAGGUGCAAAUAUUUAAAUGUUAAUUUGGUUACUCACCUCACCUAAAUUAUUAAAAAAAAAUUAAUACUUCCUUGGUAUAUUUCAUUAUAUUUUGUAUGGAGAGAGUCAGUAGAUAUAAAUCUGAACACAUAUUUAAAUAUUUUUUAUACAUAGAAAUGCACCCCCUUUCACAGGGGUGGUUAGCCAGGCUAUUUGACCAGGGCCUCAUAUUUAUAAUGUUAUGAGAUUUCUAAAUAUAAAAAAGAUCAGCUGUUGAUAACUUCCUAAAUUUCAAAAAAAAAAUCUCUCAAAGUCAAAGCAGUAAGUAAUAAAUGACAUUUUUGUUCAAUGUGAUAUAUUAAUAUUGUAAUGAUAGCUAAGCAUUUUUAAGAAUCUGUCUCAUAAAUAUUUUUGGAAGGGACCUCCCUACCCCAAAACCAUUGAGCAAAAUAAAGACAAUACAGCUUUUAUGACCAUGUAUUACAACUUUUUUUUUCAGGGGGACCGAUGAUAUUCCAAAAGCUGAUGAAAUUCGGACAUUAGUAAAAGAUAUUUGGGAUCUUAGAAUAGCUAAACUUAGGAGCAGUAUUGAUGUUUUUGUGAAAAGUGAAGCAUCACAUGCAAAGGUAUGUUUUAAUACAUCUUUGAAGUAGGGUAAGCAAAUAAAAUAUGAGCAGUUAAAAUAUCUGCAUUUUAUUGUAUUAUUUAGAAACAAUCACUUAAUGUUAUUUUAAGAAAGGAAUCAUGGAGCUCAUUGAAUUAAUAUUCAAAAUGUAAAAAAAUCAUUUACUAAAAGAAAAUCCUUAUUUAAAUUUUAAUUAAUGAAUGAAUUUGUGUCUAAAAUUGAAUUGUAAUACAAUUAUUCUAAUGACCUUAUAGUCAAUUAUUUUGUUAUGUGUACCAUUGAUACUCCUCGGUAGAAGUACAUUGAAAAAUAUUACAAAUGAAAUCUUGUUAUAAAAAAUAUUUUUUAAACUUUGUUAAAAAGUGUUAUAUAAAUCAUAUGCACUCAAUUAGAUUCAGAAAGUCCACCAUUAUACAAUACAAAUACAGUAUCUUUUAUUCAAAAUGGAUCAGCCAUUCUAGCUUAUUCAAAUUUAUAUGUGAUUAUUCCACCAUUUUCCAAAUUUAAUCAUAUGCCUAUGUUUCUUUCUUGAAUUUAGUUGAAUUAUUUGACACUAAUGGAGAUCAACACAGUACGCUUAUUUCUAACAAAAGCUCUAAACCACAUGCAUCAGUUGAGGCUCAUGACAUCAGGACGUUCACAAACCCAACAGUCGCAGAAUUUCUAGCUUAACAUCCAGCACCAAAUAUGAAUGAAGCAUAGCCUGUCUCUACUUCUAUGGUUUUUCUCUCUCUGAUGGCUACUUUAUAAGUUGUUUUUUUUUUUUAAAGAUGUAUUACAUUAAUAAUUUAUGACAUAUUAUAAAAGCAUAGAAUUUUUCCAAGCCUUUUAAGUCCUGAUCUUUGUAAAAUAUUGGUUCACAAGGUUGAUAUAAGUGAGACAAGAUUAAUUCAAAUAUAUCUAACACUACACACUUUCUUACUUUUUCAUACACAUACUUUUAAUUUCUUAUACUAUUCUUUUGCAUGUAUAAUCUACGUAUUUUGUUUCAAACAUGUCUCAAUGUAGUAAACUGUUUCAACUUAAUUUGUUUUAAUGAACACACAAUAAUAAUAAAUGAAAACAAAAUUUGUUAUUAAAAACACCUUAAGUUUAUUUCUUGUAUUGAUAAAAAGAGACCCAUGAUAUAAGAAAGUUACAAAGGAAUGUGUCAAAUUUCAGAAAUUCUUUUAACCCAGUUUUUUAAUACCUGUUCCACCAUUAGUAACUACAGAAAACAAAUCUGUUACAGGUGUUAAAAAAAGAAAUUUAAGAUUGAAUUUUCACAGAUUUCACAUUCCUAAAUGCAGGCAAAAAAUAUACUUCACUAUACCAGAUAAUGUUCAUGAGUGCUUCUCAAACUACUGGUACUCAGUGUGAUGGCACAAUUUAGUAAAAUAUUUUCAACCUUAAAUUGUACCAGAGCUGUGUUUUGCUGACUGGUAAUGGGCUUAUUCAUAGACCACCACUGUCAGAAGCACGAUUGAAGAUUACAAAUAGCAAUUUUUUUUAAACAUAGUUCUAUUUCUGUUCCUAAAUAAUACUCAAUUGUAAUCAAUACUUCAUAACCGUUAAUCAAUCUUAUAUAUAUAGAGCAAAG